AACCCUUUUCUCGUUCUCCAUGUCGUUCACUUCGCCUCGUUGCCGUCGCCACCGCCUCCUCUUCAGCGAUGAUUCCGGCCACUCCUCCCCGCGUCCGUGCACAAGGCAGCCCUCCAUCGGUGGCGGACCUUGAUUUCUGAUUGCCAUGGAUCAACAAAGGAAGCACAGGAUUUUGAUGGUUUCUGAUUUCUUCUACCCAAACUUUGGCGGUGUGGAAAGUCACAUCUAUUAUCUGUCACAAUGCUUGCUUAAGCUUGGCCACAAGGUGGUGGUUAUGACACAUGCAUAUGGAAACCGUUCUGGAGUUCGGUACGUGACCAAUGGUCUGAAAGUUUAUUAUGUGCCAUGGAGACCAUUCCUUAUGCAGAAUACAUUACCAACAUUUUAUGGAACACUUCCCAUCACAAGGACCAUUCUUGUUCGUGAGAAGAUUUCUAUUGUUCAUGGACAUCAAGCUUUUUCAACUCUUUGUCACGAAGCACUGAUGCAUGCCAGGACCAUGGGUUACAAGAUUAUAUUCACAGAUCAUUCACUCUACGGUUUUGCAGAUGUCGGAAGCAUUCACAUGAAUAAGGUGUUGCAGUUUACACUUGCUGACAUAAGUCAGGCUAUAUGUGUUUCUCAUACAAGCAAGGAGAACACAGUUUUGAGGUCUGGGAUAACACCUGAGAGAGUUUUUGUAAUACCUAAUGCUGUGGACACUGCUAUGUUCAGUCCUGCCCCAAUUAGGCUCAGUUGUGAUGAAAUUGUCAUCAUUGUUGUGAGUAGAUUGGUGUACCGGAAAGGUGCAGAUCUCCUUGUUGAGGUCAUCCCAGAAGUCUGUCAUCUCUUUCCAAAUGUCCGUUUUGUAGUUGGAGGAGAUGGGCCAAAACGUGUGCGGCUAGAAGAGAUGAGGGAGAAGUACUCUCUUCAGGAUAGAGUUGAAAUGUUGGGUGCUGUUCCACAUUCUCAAGUGCGAUCUGUUCUUAUUUCUGGUCAUAUAUUUCUAAACAGUUCUCUUACAGAAGCUUUUUGCAUAGCCAUUCUGGAAGCUGCUAGCUGUGGAUUGCUUACUGUGAGCACAAGAGUUGGAGGUGUCCCAGAGGUCCUUCCGGAUGACAUGAUUGUGCUUGCAGAACCAGACCCAGGGGAUAUGGUGCAUGCUAUUGGGAAAGCUAUUCACAUGCUUCCUAAUAUCAAUCCACAUGUCAUGCACUCACGGAUGAAAAAACUGUACAGCUGGCAUGAUGUGGCUAAAAGAACAGAGACCGUGUAUAAUUGUGCAUUACAGUCCACUGAUGAAAAUCUGUUGCAACGCCUGCCGCGAUACCUGAAAUGCGGUACUUGGGCUGGCAAGCUGUUUGGCCUAGUCAUGAUUGUCAAUUUCCUUCUGUGGCGGCUUUUGGAAUUAUGGCAGCCUGCUGAAAGUAUCGAAGAAGUUCCUGACUUGGUGUUGUUUCAAAAUGAGCAUGAAGAGCCGAUGCAGGACUUUGUUGAAGCUCGAGACUGAACUCCAUCAUCAAGAAGUAUCUUGAUCUACAGAUACCAAAAGAAAACUUUUCUAUGCAGGACUUUGUUGAAGCGUGAGACUGAACUCCAUCAUCAAGAAGCAUCUCUCCAAUCUUUCUCAAAAUUUUCUAUUCACGAAGAGAGAUGUGAUCGGAAGGUUGUCGGCAUACUAACCAUUUGUAUUUUUGGAUUGUUAACGAAUAUUUAAGUUUCAUUUUGGAGUUUUAGUGAUCUUUGUAACAAUUUUCCGUUAUCAUACUAUUUUCAGCAUUACCUAAA